UUCAUCCUUGCGGAUCAUCAGUGCGGGACGAAUAACGUUUGCAGCUCUGCAACCAUGACCGGCCGGAGCUCCUGCAAGAUUUCCAGCCUGGGAUCAACGGCAAUACAGAACGGCUUUCCAGGGUCCUGUUGUUCAGAGCGGAGCUAGAAAUAUGAAGAGCUGCUGGUCAUCAUGUACCUACCCAACCAGCUGGAGUGUCUCCAACCUUUUGGCUCCGGUGCAGUAGUGUCAACUAUUCCUGAGAGACCGGCACCAUGGGCCUACCAAGCUUCCCUAAGCUGUACAAUGUGUACUUUCUGGCUAUCAUUGCCACUAUGGGCGGUAUGCUCUUUGGCUUUGAUAUUAGUUCCAUGAGUGCUAUCAUUGGAACGAAGCAGUACUUGGACUACUUCGACAACCCCUCCGGCGUCGCCCAAGGAGCCAUCGGCUCCGCCCUCGCAGCCGGCUCGGUCGUAGGCUCCAUUGUUGCAGGUCCUGUCUCUGACAAACUGGGUCGUCGAAAGGCCCUCUUUUUCGCCUGCAUCUGGUGGCUUGUCGGAACUGCUCUCCAGGUCGCUUGCAAUGGCCGCGGCAUGCUCAUUGCUGGCCGCGUGCUUAACGGUGUGACGGUGGGCAUCACAUCCUCCCAGGUCCCCGUUUACCUCGCCGAGAUUUCGAGGCACGAUCAGCGUGGUGCUAUUAUCAUCAUUCAGCAGCUGGCCAUUGAGUGGGGCAUCCUGUUCAUGUACUUCAUUGGCUAUGGCUGCUCGUUCAUUCCUGGAGAGACUGCAUCUUUCAGGACGGCAUGGGGCAUCCAAUUCGUCCCUUGCGUGUUCUUCAUGUUCGGUCUUCCCUUCCUUCCAGAGUCUCCUCGUUGGCUUGCCAAGGUCGACCGCACUGAUGAAGCCAUCCAUGUUCUUGCCAACAUCCAGGCUAACGGCAAUCUUCAAGACCCCUAUGUCAUAGCCGAGUACGAGGAAAUCGUUACGGUUCUCACUGCCGAGCGGCAAGCCCCCCCGGGUUGGAGGAAGUUUGUGUACAAUGGCAUGUGGAAGCGAACCAUGGCCGGUUUCUCCGUACAAGCCUGGCAACAACUCUCUGGAGCAAACAUCAUGACAUACUACGUCGUGUACAUCUUCUACAUGGCCAACCUCACGGGCAACGUCAACCUCAUCUCUUCCGGCGUCCAAUACGCCCUCUUCAUCAUCUUCUCGACCGUCAUGUUCUUCUUCGUAGACAAGAUUGGCCGCAGGACACUGCUCGUAUGGGGUGCUAUAGCUAUGGGUUUCUGCCACUUUGUCGUCGGUGGCGUCCUCGGGGCGCACUACAGCUACGUGCCGGAGGGCGUAGAAGGCAACGCCAACGUCGUCAUGCGUGUCACCGGCGCUCCAGCCCACGCCAUCAUUGCCUUCUCCUACCUCCUCAUCAUCAUCUACGCCCUCACGCUCGCUCCAAUCUGCUGGGUCUACGCCGCCGAAGUUUGGUCCCUCGAAACCCGUGCCACGGGCAUGGGCAUCGCCGCCAUCGGAAACUGGCUCUUCAACUUCGCCAUCGGCUUAUUCAUCCCGCCCGCCUUCCUGAACAUCCGAUGGAAGAUCUUCAUCGUGUUCGGGACCCUGUGUCUGGGCGGCGCUAUUCAAUUCUGGUUCACGUAUCCAGAGACGUGCGGCAAGACGAUUGAGGAAAUCGAAGUCAUGUUCAGCAAGGAUGGGCCCAAGCCGUGGAAGACGACGAAGGGACACUCGAGGUUGGAUCGCGAGGUCGAGGUUGUGGCGAAUGCGCAGGCAAAGGGCGAGGCGAGGGCGAGUAUCGAGAAGGUGAUUCAGGAGGAGAAGGCCGCCAUGACGGCGACGGCGACGCAUACGAACAAGACGGAGACGGUGUGAAUGCGGGAUGGAGCGAGGGAUACUGCGAAGGGAACGGGACAGACUGGCGGGUGAGGAGACGGUGUUGGGUGGGAGGGAUGUUGGUCAGUGAAGUGGAGAUAGUGUGGGACGGAGGAUUUCAGUUUGCGGAGCCUUUUGAAU